AAGAAUUUAAAAGCUUUAACCAAAAUAAAAAUAAAAAUUGAAUUUUUUUGAUAACCAAUAAAAAUUGAAUCUUGAUAUACUUUACUCUCCAUAGAGGCGUAGAAGAUUGGAGAAAGAUCAGAGCGGUUUCACUGUUUUACCCCCGGAGCUUCUUUCCUUUAUCAGAACACCCAGUUAUACACAAAUAUAUAUAUACACAAUUUUUUCGUAUAUAUAUUCACUGUCGCAAAAAAUAAAUAUCUGUUCUAAGUUUUGGAAAGUUAUUAUUACUCACAAGAAAACAAAAGGAAAAAGAAAAUAAGUAGGAAGAAGAGGUGAGAGUUUAAGCUCUGAAUUAGUUUGAUUUCAAUGGCGAGGCCAAAUCAGGAAGCAAUUGAUACUUUCAUCAGUAUUACUGGCGCAUCCGAAGCCAUCGCAGUGCAAAAGCUCGAGGAGCAUGGUGGGGAUCUCAAUGAAGCUGUGAAUGCUCAUUUUAGUGAAGGAGACAGGGGCGCUUCAGCCAAUGUCAAUCAACUGCCAGUUGCUGUCCAGAAUGAUUUAAUGGAUAUUGAUGAACCAGUUCAAGUCGAACAGUGGCCUCCUCUGUCACGUCAACCAACAAAUCCGAGUUUGAAUCCUUUUUCUCUUCUUGGUCCAGCCUUUGGAAGAAGCGUAUUUGAUAGUGACUUCACAAAUCCUCAACCUCUUGUUACUCAUCCAAGAGAGGUGAGACGGAUCCCCAUAGAAGUCAGGGAUGACAAUCAACCAUCUGGUCGGUCAGGCAAUGCUCCUAUUAUUGAAGAGGUCACUGAAACAGUGGACUCACCAAUUCCUGAAACUCAUGGGACUGUGAUUGUUGAUGAUGAAGAUGAGAUUCCCGCUGGGUUAGCAGCUGCGCAACGGAGGGAGCAAAUUGAUGACAUGUCAAAUGAUGGAGCUAGUGAUCGGUUUAUUGGACCCCCAGUUCCUCAGUUUGGUGACUUGCAAGAUACUAGUAAUGACAUUGAAGAACAAAUGAUCCGUGCUGCCAUUGAAGCUUCUAGACGGGAGGUUGAUGAAAGCUUUCCAAAUGAGCCAUUUGGGGCUGAAAGGGAGGUAAACCGUCCAGAACUUCAGCAAAGACAACCUCAGUUAGAUGACACUGAACUUGCGCGUGCAGUUUCUUUGUCAUUAAAGACUGCAGAACAAGAGAAAGCAUUGCGUGAGCUGGAAAGGAAUGUGGGAGCAUCAUCUGGAGUUUCCAAAACUGAAGAGGUGGUGGAGUUGGGUGAUAUAGCAGCAACAAAUGGAAGGUUGGAGGGAGGAAGCUCAUUCAUUCCAGAUGAAACUGAAGAUUUGGAAGAGCAACCUCUUGUAAGGCAUAGAUCCAGGCGGAUGUCUUCAGGUUCUGUGGAAUCUGCCCAAGAAGUUGGAGUUGCUGAAGCUACUCCACCAUUGAGUCCUAGACAAUCCAUUAGGAGUACUAGUCCUCAACACAAUGGCGAGGCCUUUCAAUCUGACGAUUGGGGAGGUAUGUCGUCCUUGGAACAUGAUGAGGCUGUAAUGCUUGAGGCUGCAAUGUUUGGUGGGAUUCCUGAAGGAACUAAUUAUCGCUUUCCGUAUGCUGCACCUCAUCAGUUCAUUCAACCUGAUGGUCCUUAUCCCCGACCUUUUCCUCGGCCCCCUUCACCCUCGCUGACUGCGCAGCGCUUGAUACGUGAACAGCAGGAUGAUGAGUAUCUUGCAUCACUGCAAGCUGACAGAGAAAAGGAACAAAAAGCUAAGGAAGAGGCCAAAGCCCGUGAAGAAGAAGAAAAACGAAGAGAGGAAGAAUCUCGCAGGAAAUUAGAGGAGGAGCAGGAAUUAGAGAGACUGUUGGCAGCCAAGGAAGCUACAUUGCCACAGGAACCAUCAUCAGAUGAUGAAAAUGCUGUGAACCUUUUGGUGCGCAUGCCAGAUGGCAGCCGUCGUGGCCGUCGAUUUCUCAAGACCAACAAGCUUCAGUCUCUCUUUGAUUUCAUAGAUAUUGGUAGAGUGAUCAAGCCUGGCUCUUACAGAUUGGUAAGGCCGUAUCCUAGGCGUGCUUUCGAAGAUGGUGAGAGUGCUUUGACACUGAAUGAACUUGGCCUUACCAGCAAACAAGAAGCCUUAUAUUUGGAGUUAAUAUAGGAGAUGACUCCAAUAGUAGUUGCAGAGAUAAAUUUAUAUACUUUGCUGAACAUUUUUUAUUAAUUAAAGCUAUAGUGGCCACAUGAAUUCUUUAUGUUUGGUUGAGAAAUACAUGGUGUUUUGUGGGAGUGGGAGAGAGAUAAGCAGAGCAGGAUUGAACCAACAAAGGGAGAGAACAUUAACAAUAGGGUACUCUUUUGUGCUGUCCUGGGGCUCAUGGAGAUGUUUCUGUACAUAUUUUAAUGGUUAUUCAAGAAAGAGGUGAAAUAUUUCAUCAA